AUGGAGGCGUCACCGGGGCAGCGAGUUGCGGAGAUUUGCGGCUCGGGAAUAGGAUCCUGCUUCAGGGCUUCCAAGAUGGUCGUCUUUGGUGGCUUGACGUGCACCUUCGCCGUCGGUGAGCUUCUCCUCACUCUCCUCCGUCUCUCUCUCUCUCUCUCUACUGUAACUCCAGCUCGCAAAUGGCAGACAGAACCAUUUGCUCCCACUGCUCCCCUCUUCCCGAAUGCUUGGAGUUCGGUGACGUACUCUCCCACUUCUGACUCUCUCUCUCUUUCUUUCUCUACUGUACAGGCGGCGCUGUCGUCGGAAUCGUCUCGGGGGCUCUCAAGGGUCAGACAACGGAGACCGGUCUGCUGCGGGGGGCGAGCAUCGGCGCCGUCGCCGGCGCCCUCGUCUCCGUCGAGCUCCUCGAGUCCCUCCUCCUUGGAGAUCUCCUCUCCAAGGUCACUCUCUCCUCCAUCUACCAUCACCGUCGACGCCCACCGGAGCUUUCCUUCUCUAACCAAGGUGGUCGUACCCGCUCUGCAGAUCGCCAUGUUCGAGAGCCUCAUCGACGGGAAGAUAUUCCGGGAAUGGGUGAGCCCGGCGAUGCUCAAGGCGUACCAGUGGCAGGUAGAGAGGAAAAAUCCUAGACCGGAAGUCGCCGAAGACGGCGAGAGUUCGGAAGCUGAUUCCACUCCUCCGUCUCUCGCAGGUCAGCAACGUCGACGAUGGGGGAAGGGAAGUCUCUGACGUCUUCGACACCGCCGGCGCCACCGGCAUGUCUCCGGAGGCCGUACGGCGGCUCCCCAAGCUGGAGGUCUGCUCCAUGUCCGCCGUGGAAACACUUCCAGAGGGGACUACCUGCGCAGUCUGCCUGCAGGUGAGAGAAAGAAACCGGCCGGUAGGUCCAAUUAGGUUUCUGGCAAUGGAAGAAUCACCCAAUUUCCCUGCCGACCGAAUCCCUGAUCAACGAUGCCAACCCAAGCAAAGUCGCCACCAAAAGGAGUCGUCUUGCCCAAGAACUGCCUUGAAUUCCGUCGGAUUCUCUCUCUAGAACCGCCCAGAGAGAGAGAUAGAGAGGGAACCUCUCUCUACGAAUCACUCAGUCCUUCCACCACAGCCUCUGCUCACCUCCCCGGACUCUACUAAAUAACUAAUCCACGUUCACAACGCCACAUAGGCCUCUCUCUCUCUCUCUCUCUCUCUCUCUCUCUCUCUCUCUCUCUCGCUCGUUAAAACUCAUGGAAACAAUCGUCUUGGCUGGGGCGGCAGGAUUUCAAGAACGGGGAAAGCACGAAGAGGCUACCGGUCUGCUGUCACCUCUACCACGCCGCCUGCAUAGAUGAGUGGCUCCUCCGGCACCGCUCCUGCCCCCUCUGCCGGCGGAACCUGUAG